ACAACUUCCCUUUUCUUCCCUCUCCCUCUCUCGUUUCUCUUUCCCCACGAUCUCCAAACCUCGCCUCUCUCGAGUAAACGAAAACCCUAACACAGUCACAACUAUAACCACCUUUACUUCCAGAACUAACACAGAAGAAUCCCCGAUCUUCUUCUUCUCAUAUAUGGAUGUUUUUGGUAACAAAACGACUUCAUCUGAAAUCGCUCAUCUCUUGUGUAAAAAAAUCACUCUUCUCUUUGUCUGAGCUAUUGACUUCAUCUGACAUCGGUCAAGGGUUUGCUCAAGUCACUGUGUUUUCAUUACUCUUUCUCUAGCAGAUGAAGAUUGAUGAACAAGAUGAAGGAUGCUGGAACUUCUAAAAGAGAACAUGCAGUCAUGGAGAAGAUUAAAGAAGCACACAGGAGAGUGAUGGUGGCUAACCAUCCUCACAAGGGUGGGAGCAUGUAUCUUUCUAAAAAGAUCAACGAGGCUGAGGUACUUUUGAUGGAUGAGGGUCGAUUUCAAUUCUUUCCAUGUGAAGGAUUGACAGAUGCUGAUGAUCCUAUUCCCAGAUCUAGUAAUGGCUUGUCUAAAGAAAUUUCUUUUAAGAUUCUGAAACAGGAAGUUAUAUCCAGAAAUGUAUUGGUUGAUGAAUGUUCAAGGCAGGUUGUCGAGGUGGAGCAAGCAGCCAUGUGGAAGUUUCUUUGGUGGUCGCGAAUCAUAGCUGUCCAUGUUAUGGUUGGCCAAAACAUAGAUGAUCACUCGGACUCAUGUUGGUUGUUGCAACAAUCUGACAAGAUAUAUGCUGGAGCAUUUUGACAGUGAUUCAGUGAUUCGAAUCACAGUUUGAUUCUUCACAAGACUAAACUUUGCGCUCCUGCACUUGCUCCAUUCAAGGCUUAUUACGAAGGUGAUGGUUUUCCCGAUGUGUUUGAUUUGUCAUUAUUAUCUCAUGUCAGGGUUCGUAAUCUUAUUAGUACCUUAAAGUUUGUAUAGCGUCAGUAGUCUGUUCGGUCUGAACUAACCCAAGAACAUCACCCUAAUAGUAUUGCUCAUCAAAGAACUCUUCUCCCGCUAACCAGAAUCCAUCUCAUAUAUUUUGAUGCUUCUUAUAUAGAAUCUAAUCGUACUAUUAGAAUUGGUAUCAUUCUUCUUGAUAAUGCAGGAAACUUUUGGGGUGCCAAAACAAUCCCAAGCACAACAUGAGAUGCUUAACAUGCUGAAGCCAAGGCUCUUCUUGUAGCCACACUAUGGGUUAACGAGCUAGAACUGCAGUUUACUUCAAAGGGGACUGAAUCAUUCUGAAGAUGUAUGCUAUGCUAUCUAGUGUUCAAAUCACCAUAGUUAACUAUUGCUGUUAUAGUGGUCUCUGUCAAGUUUUCUAGAUUUUUGGUGUAGUUAGUGUCAGUAUUAUUCGAAAAAAAUAUUGUCUUUAGGUUUCUGUUAGUAUUAUUUUGUAACAUUUGAUAAGGUCUUAUUUGGAAUAAAAUUUCUGUUAAUUCUGGG